UUUCAUUUCAGGCGAUGGACAAACAGCCGGAAUAGUCCAACUCGAAUGUUGAAACAUCCUUCUCGUAUAUAAAGGGUUGCGUUCUGGUCGUUGCUACUAGCUAGCUCGCUCAACAAACGCGCCUCAUACGUUCAACUUCCAAUGACUGAAGUUACAGGCAAAGUAGAUUUCAAAGUUGGUGACGACACGUACCAGACUUGGUACAAAAUCGUCGGGGAUCUCGCUUCGGGUUCACACCCUCUCGUCGUGCUGCACGGCGGCCCCGGCAUCUCGCAUGAGUAUAUGACACCUCUCGCUGAAAUCCACACCAAAUGCAACAUCCCCGUCAUCUUUUACGACCAGAUCGGCAUCGGCAAGUCCAUUUUUGAAGGUGUGGCGGAGAAGCCCAAAGAGUUUUGGACAGUCGAUCUGUUCAUGGAUGAGCUGGACAACCUUCUUGUUCACCUCGCGAUGUUAGGGGCGCACUACGCCAGCCACAGACACCCUGUGGGUCUCAAACACCUCGUCCUCACUGGCGGAGCCCCAUCCAUGGCACUGUGGGAAAAGAGUACUGACCAGCUGUUGAACGCGCUGCCAGCGGAUGUGAGGGAGACGAUUAAGAGGCACGAGAAAGAAGGAACAACAGAUAGCCCUGAAUAUCAACAAAUGAUGGGGAUCUUCUACGAAAAGCACAUUUGCAAGACCCCCUGGCCAAAGGUGAUGGAGACGUCAUUUGCAGCCAUGAUGCAAAAUCCUACCGUGUAUCAUACGAUGAUUGGACCGUCAGAGUUCACCAUUACGGGCACGCUGAAGUCAUGGUCGUGUUUAGAUCAGAUUCACACAAUCACAACUCCUACUCUCCUCACUAACGGUGUCAUGGAUGAAGCGCAGGACGUCUGCGUCAGUCCUUUCUUCCACAGAAUCCCGCAUGUGAAGUGGGCGCAGUUCUCGCAGCGUCAUAUGCCAUUCUUGGAGGAGGAGGACCAGGCAAGAUAUUUUCAAGUAGUGGCUGAUUUUCUGACGUAUCCUUGAAUGAUUAAAUAAUCCUGUAAAAUAUAUCUAAGCUUCAAUGAAGACACAGGAAUGGAAUGACCAGAUAGCUAGUGAUUUCC